CUCACUUAAAACCUGGUUACAUGGUGUUUGAGAGCAACGAUGUCACGCCCUAACCCAGCCCAACGGAACCUUUCACUGACUGAGGAGCUAGAGAGACUGGAGCAGUCCAUAACAUUGACCUUGCAAGAGAUUGAUCACAAUUUCAGCCGUGCUCACAGAAUUGUCACCACAAGCAUUCUCCCAACUGUUGAACAAUAUGCUGAACAGUCGCGAGAAGUAUGGGAGGGGUCGAAGUUCUGGAAACAAUUCUUCGAGUCCAGUGCUAAUGUCUCGCUCUCUGGCUAUGAAGAACAACCUCCAAGCGAAAGCGGACAGGAGGGCACAUAUUCUGAGGACUCUACAUACACGACCCGCACAUCCACAGACGAAGACGCUACAGAAUCAUACGCCACCCCAUCAUCUGAAUCGCUCAACCUCCACGACCGAGAAGAUGCCCCAGACCUGUCGUCACUCACAAUAACACCAUCCCACAGCACCCCGCGACCAAAAUCUCAUAUAAAACGAAACAACGACGACGACAUUACCAGCUCAUCCAUCGAUUACCCCACCCCGUAUGAAACUCUCCACAACGCAUCAGACGACACGCCCUUACAAUCAAGAAACGCCGGUCCAGUCACUCCAGCAAGGACACAAUGGAAACAUGGUGGUGCACGAGACAUGGCCAUAACUCCAACGUCCUCGUCAUUCGCCCCACCAGCUUCGCACAGGAUGCCGUCCACAUCCAAAAAGGCCGGCAAGCAGAUGGAUGCCGUCCUUCACCGUGUCCUCGAUAAAACUUACCGUAUCCAAGCAACACCCCUUGCCAGCUCUCGCAAAACGUAUGGCCAUUCCACUCAUACAAUCAGCACGCCCAAAUUCAACCCCAAACCGGGCUACCUAGACUCCCCUCUCUCAAGUCCGGAAAUCGAAGUUCCAAAACUUCACUCGGAGAUAUUUUCAUCCCCAAUCAAGGGUGAUAACGAUGGUGGUGAAGAUGACGAGAGUCGACCUCGUCAGCGACGGCCAAGCAAACCAUCCCGAGUCUCACGGCCAGGCAUCAGUGUGCUUACGCCAAGCAAACAUGAUGCGUCACGGCCGCCGAAAAUGUCCUAUGGAUGGGAUAGCAACGAGGACUUCCAUGACGACGAUGACGACGACGACGGUACCGCACUCUUUGGCGAUAGUCCGCCGAAAACGAUACAGUUUCAUGUUCCGCAGAGCAGGUUACUGCAGACUCCAGCCAAGGAAGCCUCCAAGAGAAUUGUUUCUGACCUCCUUCACACCGCCGGUUGCGGUGAAGAUAUCACGGACGAGUACGAGAACAGUCCAAGCAUCAUUCGUCGGGCCGCUGGGUUGGAAGAUGAGAGCUUCUGAAUGAUUUUAUAUAUGUCUAUGAGAACAGAAAAACACCUGAGCGGAAAAGGGGGGAAGGGGAACCUGUGCUCAAAUCCAAUACCUACGAUACCCCUUUCAUUGUCUAGUAACUUUAAGCAUUUCUACUUCACCGGCUCUACGAGACUUAUACGCAGUAAAGUCAUAGAUUGUUUUGCUAGCUUCUUUUGAUUUAACCAGGCAAGUGACCUUUCUUAGAUGAUGCCCCAAUGAUACACACGUGAAUGAAAGGGUAUGUGGGUAUUCUUGAAUAUGCAUCCAGACCGGGGGGGGGGGGUGCGAAAGUGAAAGAAGGAAACAGGUCAAAGGGGAAAAAACUUUAACCAUGAGUAUUCGUAAUAGAUUGGCGAAAGAGAAAGAAAAAAGCAAUGUAGUCGGGGAAAAAAUCGUAGACGACAUAUAUGGCUCCAAUUGGACUUUUUAUCUCGUCAUAAGUCAUAAUAGCCAUUGUUAUCGUCAUCAUUACAAACACUGGACAUCGAU